CUCUGUGAGAGAGCAGCUUCACACGUAAAUGAAACACGGAGUAGUCGAUUUCAGUGCCCUGCGGAACUGAGCGGAGGGAAGCAGUGAACAUGAUCUCACCGAGCACAGCACGCAGUUUGUCGGAGAUUCCUCGAUGGUUUCUCGAUUAAAACGAUGCUAAGUUGUCACUGACGCCUGCCACGCAGCAGAAGAUCAGAGAAGCCAAACACUAGAUCGUUAAGUGACGCGGAUCUUGCGAUGCCACCCUCGGAUGCAGAGCCGGGCAUGAGCGGAGGCACGACGAUUACUGCCCCGGCCCCAGCGAGCCAUCCCCCCGGUGAACGCGCAGUGAGUGUGCUGUGGUCGUUUGGAAAAUGCCUAGGUGCUCUUCUGCCGGUAUACCUAGCAGGAUACUAUGGCUUCAGCAUCAGCGUGGUCCUGCUCGGGCUGAUGAUCUACAUGGGAUGGAAACACAGUCGACUGGAGAAAGUAAUGAGGCUCAAGUCUGCCAUGUACCUCCUGGAGAACGAGAGGGCAUUCACGACUGAGAAGGUUUUUAGGACCAAGCGGGAUCUGCCACCAUGGAUCAACUUUCCAGAUGUGGAAAAAGUGGAGUGGCUGAACAAGAUCCUGCAGCAGGCUUGGCCCUUCAUUGGUCAGUUUUUGGAGAAGCUGCUUGUGGAGACUAUCGCUCCUGCCAUCCGAGCCUCAAGCAUUCAUCUUCAGACUCUCAGCUUUACCAAGGUCAACAUAGGAGAUAAGGCUUUGAAGGUGGCUGGUAUAAAAGCUCACACUGAACACGAUAAGAGACAAGUGAUGUUGGAUUUGUACCUCAGCUAUGCAGGUGAUGUUGAAAUCAAUGUUGAAAUCAAAAAGUACUUCUGCAAGGCUGGGGUCAAGGGAGUCCAGCUGCAUGGGAAGCUGCGUGUGAUCCUUGAGCCUCUGAUUGGAGAUAUUCCUCUAGUUGGAGCUGUGACAAUGUUCUUCAUCCGCAGACCUAAACUGGACAUCAACUGGACUGGGCUGACCAACCUUUUAGACAUCCCAGGGCUCAAUGCCAUGUCGGACACUAUGAUAAUGGAUGCUAUAGCCUCCCACCUGGUGCUCCCCAAUCGUCUCACAGUCCCCCUGGUGGCCGACCUGCACGUUGCGCAGCUCCGCUCCCCUCUCCCACGGGGAGUUGUGCGCAUCCACCUGCUGGAGGCUGAAGACUUGACUGCAAAGGAUACCGUCAUUAAGGGUUUGAUCGACGGGAAGUCAGAUCCUUAUGCUGUCCUGCGUGUAGGAACCCAGAUCUUCACUUCCCAUCAUGUAGACAGCAACCUGAACCCACAGUGGAGGGAGAUGUUUGAGGUGAUUGUCCAUGAAGUACCUGGUCAGGAGUUGGAGGUGGAAGUGUUUGACAAAGACCCAGACCAGGAUGACUUCCUGGGCAGGGUAAAAGUGGACCUUGAUAUUGUGAAGAAAGCCAGAGUUGUGGAUGAUUGGUUCAACCUGAAGGACGUCCCAUCGGGCAGCGUUCACCUCCGGCUGGAGUGGCUCUCUCUACUGUCCUCUGCUGACAGACUCAGUGAGGUGAUCCAGAAGAACCAGAACUUGACUAGUAAAACAGCUGAUCCUCCAUCUGCUGCCGUCUUAGCUAUCUAUCUUGAUCAAGCUCAUGCUUUGCCUAUGAGAAAAGGCAACAAGGACCCGAGCCCGAUGGUGCAGAUUUCUAUUCAAGAUGCAACUAAAGAGAGCAAGACCUGUUAUGGGACUAACAGCCCUGUGUGGGAGGACGCCUUCACCUUCUUUAUUCAGGAUCCUCGUAAACAAGAUAUUGACAUUCAGGUGAAAGAUGAUGACCGUGCUCUGUCCCUGGGCAGUCUGACCAUCCCUCUGACCCGUAUUCUGGCCACACCUGAGCUCACCAUGGACCAGUGGUUUCAGUUGGAGAAUUCUGGUUCAGCCAGCCGGAUAUACAUCAAAAUAGUGCUCCGGGUUUUGUGGCUGAGUGAUGAUGCCACUCCAACAACCCCGUCUCCUCGGCCCUUACCCUCUGGUUCCGGCCCAGGUCAGGGGGGAAUCACAUCAGAGCUGAAUCCUAUGGGGCCAGGAGGGUUAGCUAAACCUCCACCAGCACGACCACAGCACACCACGCCAGACCCAGAGUUUGCAACUGAGGGGGUUCUGCGUAUCCAUCUGCUCGAGGCCCAAAACCUGAUAGCAAAGGACAACUUCAUGGGAGGCAUGGUGAAGGGAAAGAGUGACCCCUAUGUAAAGAUCCGAGUGGCUGGUAUCACUUACCGUAGCCAUACCAUCAAAGAGAACCUCAAUCCCAUCUGGAAUGAACUCUAUGAGGUGAUUCUGACCCGGCUUCCUGGUCAGGAGAUCCAAUUUGAACUCUUUGACAAGGACAUUGAUCAGGAUGACUUCCUCGGGAGGUUCAAGCUUAGCCUACGAGACAUCAUCAGUGCACAAUUCAUUGAUACGUGGUACACUCUCAAUGAUGUGAAGUCAGGACGAGUUCACCUGGUGCUGGAGUGGCUGCCCAGAGUGUCUGAUCUCCCUAGACUAGAGCAGAUCCUGCUGUUUCAGAGCCAGCAGUCGUACCAGAACAAGGUUGUGCCAUCAGCUGCUGUGCUGUUUGUGUAUGUGGAGCGUGCCCAUGGUCUGCCGUUGAAAAAGAGUGGAAAAGAACCCAAAGUUGGGGCUGACGUCAUCCUGAAAGGUGUUUCACACAGAACCAAGAUUUGUGAGCGUUCAACAUCUCCUCGUUGGGAUGAAGCCUUUCACUUCUUGGUUCGUGACCCUAAAGAGGAAACGCUCACAGUGAAGCUCUCGCACAGCUGGGGUCAGGCCCUCGGGUCCCUGACUCUCCCUCUCAGAGAGGUGCUGGUAGAGCCGGGCUUGGUGCUUGAUCGCUGGCUCAAUCUGGAGGGAGCGCUGCCAGAGAGCCAGAUACUACUGAGGGUCGUUCUUAAGAUCUUGGACACUCAGCUGGCCGUGUGUCGUAGGGCUCCAGGGGAAGUAGGUAGUGAUGUUUCAGAGGAGGAAGUCAUUCCCAGAUGGGUGCCUUCCCAUCUCGACAUCAGACAGAGAAGUGGAUACACCUUAACUGGUGAUUGCUCAGUCCAAGCAGGACAGGUGAAGCUAACCAUUGGCUAUUCAACAGAGGAAAGCAGGCUAUUCAUCACCGUUCAUGCCUGCAGAGCCCUCGCUGCCUGCUCCAAAGACGGUGCAGACCCUUAUGUUACCUUCAUCCUGCUGCCUGACAAAAAGGCAACAACCAAGAGGAGAACUGCCACGAAGAAGAGAGACCUCAACCCAGAAUUUAAUGAGAGGUUUGACUUUGAUUUCUCUCUGGAGGAGUCCAUACAGAGGAGACUGGACCUGUCUGUGAAGAACAGCGUCUCCUUCAUGAGCAGAGAGAGGGAGCUAAUAGGCAAGUUGCAGCUGGACCUGGACCAAGUUGACCUCAAGGCUGGCGCCCCACAAUGGUACGAUUUGGUGGCAGAGGCCAACUAGAAGAAUCCACCUGAGGUCUUAUAUCCUAUAUUACAAUAAGUGUUGCUUUUGUGAUCUGUGAUUUGUGUAGUUGUUUAUUCAGCUUAUAUUAGUAUUUUCAUCACUGAAGAAAACCAUCACGACAUAUCAGCUCCACUAAAACAGUCCAUCAGUAUUUAUCAGAAGAAACCCGACAUGUAGCAAAUCAUCCGUAGUGUGUCACUGUGCUAAAUCCUGCUCUCUUAGACAGAUUCUUCAGUAGAAUAUUUUGGCUGAAUAGAUAUUUGAUAAUAAUGCAACUGUGUUGCAGAAAAUACCAAGUUUAUAAAUGUUUAAAGCAUGUUGAAGUCCUCUUUGUAUGAUAUUUACAAAAGGGCUUAUACUGUGUUUAAUAUCUAGAUGUUUGACAAUGUUGUAUGGAUUUACAUCAUCCAACACCUGAAAAAAAAAGAUUCCUAUCAAUUUUAUUUUUUACAAUCCUCUAAUUAUUCCAGAAAUUACUUUUUUAAAUCUAUGUUUAUAUUAUUGCCUUAAGUAUUACAAAACUGUGCACACUUUGUCAGUGUUUAUGAAUUAUGUUCUAAAUGAAGUUUUAUAUGUUUUAACCAGAGCUCUCUUAAAGUUACUUUUAUAAAUUAAAACCGAGACCCUCACAUUUACCAAUGAAAACAGAGGUAUGAUACUGUAAGCAUAGUCUAAAUCACUGUGCUUUUAUGAAGAGAUAACUUUGUAUAUGUUGAAAACACAUCCCUGGUGUUCUUACGCACAUUUUUUUUGCCUGUGUUUGUAUGUGCUUGUAGAGCUGAACGCAACAGGCUGAAGCUGUCGGCCUUUUUUAAUUUUUUUUAAGCAAGACAGUCAGGACCAUAGGGUAGCAAGAAAUGGGACAUUGAUGAACCAACUCUGUUAAUGCACCACAGACAGACUAAUGCUAUUUUACGGUAGAAAGGAAGUCGUGUUUUGGGGUCAAACUGUAGAAGAUAAACUGCUGAGCUUUGACAUUAUUUGAACAUAUCAUCAAGUAUUUGCUAAAGUUGUUGAUUAAAGUUUG